ACUGUCGGGAAGCUGGGCGGAGACGGAGGCGGGAGCAGAGGCGGCAGCGGAGGCGGAGGCGCUUUGAAAGACCCUUCUUUGUGGAUGCACAGCCCUUCUGCAGUCUUCUAUUAACAACCAUCCCUCCAUUUUGGAGCCUGAGCACCCGCUUCCUGCAUCUGGGGAAUGAGUCCGGCCAGAAAGCCAGAAGCUUAAGUGACAAUGGUACACGAAACAAGGAAAAAUUCUAAAACCCAAGUACCUGAGCAAAAAUCUCGAGUUGAUUGGCGUCGGACUAAAAGAAGUAUCUCACAGUUAUUUGAUAGUGAUGAAGAGUUUGAUAGUGAUGAAGAACUUGAACUCGAUAGUGAUGAAGAGCUUGAUAGUGGUGAAAGUAUUGAUAGUGAUGAAGAGCUUGAUAAUAGCAAACAGCCUGGUAUUAAUGAAAUACCAGAAAAAGAAACAGAACUUAAAUUAACCAAAGUCGAAAGUGAGGGAAGCAACAGUAAACUUCUUAUGAACCCUGGCAAUAGUUCAACAGAUGAAGAAAAAAUGAACAAAACCAAACAUAAUGACUUACCAGAUGAUGAAAAUCACCCAGGUCAAGAGGAAGAGGAUGUCAGCAAGCACACCAAACAAAUCACAGAGGAAGAUAUGGAAGAUGAAGACAUCAAGCCAGGAAAAAGAAAAAGGCUGUCUUCUGUAAUGGAUGACAGUGAUGAUGACAGUGAUAUCCUAGUUAGAAAAGUAGGUGGUAAACGUCCACGCAGGGUGGUUGAAGAGGAGUGUUCUUCAUUGGAAAUGGAACAAGAAACCCCUGAAAAAUCAUUAACUGCUCGAAAGCGAGAACACCACCAGAAGCUAAAGGAACUCUCAGAAAAAUCACGCCAGAGACAGAGACGCAAUAGUGGUAGAAAUUUUGAGGACUCUGAAAAGGAAUCUUGUUCAAGUACUGAUGAAGAUGAGGAUGAGGAUGAUUACAAAUCUGAUGACAAUGGAGAUGAUUAUAUGAUUGAUGAUUUUGUAGUGCAAGAUGAGGAAGGUGAUGAAGACAAUAAAAAUCAACAAGGAGAAAAUUUGACUACAUCACAACUGAAAUUAGUAAAACAGAAUUCUAUUUAUUCUUUUAGUGACCACUAUACUCACUUUGAAACAGUUGUGAAUGCUCUUCUGAUCAAUGCUUUCGAUGAAUCUUUUCUGGAAACCUUGUAUGCUGGCACCAGGAAGAAGUCAUAUGCAAAAGAUAUGUUGACAUCUCUUCAUUAUUUGGAUAAUCGCUUUAUUCAACCCCGUCUAGAGAGUUUAGUCUCUAGAAGUCGAUGGAAAGAGCAAUAUAAGGAACGAGUUGAAAGCUACUCUAAUUUAAGUAUCCAUCCAAAGAACCCCGAGGACUGCUCCUGCCAGGCUUGUGGGCUUCAUCGUCACUGUAAAUACUCAGUGCAUCUCUCGGGAAAGUUGUACAACAACAAGACAAUGGAAACAGAUGACUUCAUGUCACAUGACAAGCAGGUAUUUAUUGUUGGCAGAAUUUGUGCUAAUCGCACCAGAAUUUAUCAUAAACUAAAACAUUUUAAAUUUAAACUGUACCAAGAAUGUUGCUCCAUUGCAAGAACAGAAGAAGGUGAAGAUGAACAAGUUAAAGAAACAGUAGGAAGAGUCUUCAGUCAGUCAAAAGAGAGCGGCUGGAUUAGAAAGAAAUACGAUGAACUAGAAGACGAUCUCAAUUCUGCGGAUUAUUUUCAAGAUGAGAAGUUUGAAUUAUAGCAUGUUUCCUUCAGAGAAGAUUUUAUAAAUUUCUAUUGAUGUGGAGAUCAUGAGCUUUAUUUCUCUGUAUCAUGUGACAUUUGUUGUAUAUUCUAUGCACAUUUUUGUGGCAAAAUAUCUUGUUUAUAUGCUUAUCUGAUUUUCAUGAAAUGCCACAAUGAAGUCUAAUAAAGCCUCAUAGAUGUACAUGGAGAACCUCAGCUUUGUGGUCCAAAAAUCCAUCAAUGUGUCUUAGUUAUGUAUUGACACUUUUCUCAUACUUGACCUGCAUGGAAUGUGAUAUCAUAUCACAUCAGGUUAGUAGAAAUAGGCUGUAUUAAAAUAUAUUUGGACUGACCUGGAGAUGGCUCAGUCAGUAGAGCACCUUACAAGCAUAAGGACCUGACUUCAAUCCUCAG